CAAGACCUUGAACCAGAGCUUUCCUAUCUGAAGAACAGAAUAGAAAGAAGACUGGAUCGAUGGGAUGGAAUAGCAAAUUAGAAGAUUACAUGCAUGAUUUUUGAGUACUUGUAGAAUACUGGAAGUCGUGUUUUAAUCCAUACUCAUUAUAGGAAAUAGUGAGUUGAGUUUUAGUAUUUGUGAAUUUGAAAGGCUAUGGGAAACUACAACUCUAGUUCACCAGAGAGUUUCAUUUUGGUGGGUUUCUCAGAUUGGCCUCAACUACAAGUCUUCCUUUUUGUCACUAUUUUGAUUUUCUACUCCCUGACUAUCUUUGGCAACACAACCAUCAUUGCUCUUGCAAGACUGGACCUUCGACUACACACUCCCAUGUACUUUUUCCUCUCCAAUCUCUCCUUCCUGGACCUCUGCUACACCACCAGCACUGUGCCCCAGCUCCUCAUCAACCUUCAUGGACUUGACAGGACCAUCAGCUAUGGUGGGUGUGUGGCCCAACUGUACAUAUUUCUUGCUCUGGGCUCCACUGAGUGUUUGAUCCUGGUGGUGAUGGCCUUUGACCGCUAUGCUGCCGUGUGCCGUCCACUGCACUACACGACCAUCAUGCACCCCCUUCUCUGCCAGGCAUUGGCGAUUAUCUCCUGGGUGGGAGGCCUCGUGAACUCUCUGAUCCAGAUAAGCCUCAUGGUGACCAUGCCCCUCUGUGGCCGUCGACUGAACCACUUCUUCUGUGAGAUGCCUGUGUUCCUCAAGUUGGCCUGUGAAGACACUGAAGGGACAGAGGCCAAGAUGUUUGUGGCCAGAGUGGUGAUUGUUGCAAUUCCAGCUGUGCUCAUCCUGGGCUCCUAUGCACAGAUUGCCAGGGCGGUGCUGAAGGUCAAGUCAACAGCUGGGCGCAGAAAGGCUUUUGGAACUUGUGGGUCCCAUCUCCUGGUGGUUUUUCUGUUUUAUGGUUCAGCCAUUUACACAUACUUACAGCCCAAGGGCAGCUAUUCAGAGAGUGAUGGAAAGUUUGUUGCCCUUUUUUAUACUAUCAUCACCCCCAUGCUCAACCCUCUGAUCUACACCCUGAGGAACAAGGAUGUGAAGGGGGCUCUGUGGAAGGUGCUAGGAAAAGGCACAGACUCCGGGUAA